AUGUCUCCGAUUGAUCCCGGCUCUCUCGUCCUAGUGACUGGCGGAAAUGGCUUUAUCGCGGCCCAUUGUCUUGCCACUCUUCUGCGUUCCCAAUACCGCGUCCGUGCAACAGUGCGCUCCACAGACAAGGCGAAGGAAACUCGCAAAGCAUUGAGCGCGGCCGACGUGGAGAAUUUAUCAAAUUUAGAGCUUGUGGUCGUACCAGACCCGACUGAUCUUCAGUCCUUUUCCAACGCGGUGCGCGAUUGUCAGGCCAUCCUCCACCUGGCGUCGGCGUUUACCUACGAUGCACGCCCAGGGGAGUUUGAAGAAAAGCUGAUGGCGCCUGCGCUGAAAGGGACGCAAACCGUCUGCGAAGCUGCGAAACAACACUCUACUGUUCGACGGCUGGUCAUCAUGUCCAGCUUCGCUAGUGUCUACGAUGCCAGUUUGGGUUUGCAGCCUGGACGUGUCUACACUGAGAAGGAUUGGUCUCCACUGUCGUAUGAAGAUGGGGUGAAUGCACCAGCUGUGCCUAUCGCAUACCGCGCCUCGAAAGUUGUCGCUGAACGCGCCGCCUGGGAUCAUGUUCGAGAGCAUCCGGUCCAAUAUCAACUAGUGACACUCUGUCCCGGGAUGGUUUUUGGUCGCAUGAUCCAUCCCAUAGAGUCACUGUCCCAGUUGAAUGCAAGCAAUCAAAUCGUGUGGCAGGUACUGAGUGCAGGCAAGGACGGGGAGUUGCCGCCAACGAAAGCGCCAGGUAUAUUCUCUCACUCCAUCCUCGAUCCCUAUGCUAAUGAGCUACAUUCAGUGUGGGUUGAUGUUGAGGAUCUAGCGGAGACAUGUUUGAAGGCGCUGACCUUCUCUGCGAGCGGACACGAGCGAUUCUUGGUGACCCAGGCAUCUUACGACACUCAGGAAAUCGGGGAUAUUAUUCGUGAGCGACUUCCACAGAGUCAACAAAGGAUUCCGGUGGGAAAUCCGGGUAAGCGAAUUGCGGACACGCAUUAUUCUUGUGAUUCAGCCAAGGCGCAGAUCAUACUGGGUGCUCAGUUACGGCCAUUAGAGGCGUCUAUCGUUCCCUUGGCACAUCAGCUAUACGCUCUGGAAGGUCGCUGA